AUGUCCUGCCAGCAAAACCAGCAGAGGUGCCAGCUGCCGGCCAACCCCCUGCCCAAAUGUCCACCCAAGUGCCCCCCGCAGGCCCCUCAGGCUCCUGCCUCGUGCCCAGCUCCGCGCCCCACUCCGGCCUCGUCCUGCUCUGCUCCCAGUUGCUGUCUCGCUCCCAGUUGCUGUCUUCCUGGCCGCCGGUUUCCAAGUCUCCACCCUCGCCAGCCCCAGCCGUCCAGCUGCUGUGAGAGCGAGUCCUCUGGGUGUUUCAGCUGUUUCCACCACUCCGGGGGCUGCCGCUGA